UCUCAUCCCAGGAAGCUCCUGCCAGGCCCCAGGGACUCCAGCCCACUAUGGACAGGAGGGCAGGGGCAGCUGUGGGGUAUAGCACUUUCUAGACAACCACUGUGUCUGCCGGGAGAAGGGCGCUUGGCGUGGGCUCAGCUCCCUGGCCAUAAGGGUGUGGAUGGAGAAGUUCUGGCUUUGCAGUCUGGAGGGGACGGACAGACAGGUGGACACAUGGCUGAGCAGCCUCUUCUGCAGGCUACACUAGAGUGUCCUCAUGCACCCCCACCUUGGGGUUGGCUUCUGGCUCUGGCUGGGUGUUGCCCUGGGACCCAGCCAGGGACAAGCGAGUGGCCGCCUGAGGCUGGCUGUGUUGCCUGAGGACCAGCUGCAGAUGAAAUGGAGGGUGGGGUCGGAGGGGAGUGGCCUCGGAGACCUGGCACAGGUACCCAUGGCAGGGGACUCGGAGCAGGAGGUGAGGCUGACCCCCAAGACCCCCAAGGCCACAGUGUGGGGCCUGAGCCCCUCCAGGGGACACACCGUGCAGAUCUUCAAGCUCACUGGUUCUGGGAAUGUCCUGCUGGCUCGGAGGCAGUUUGUGAUUGAAGAUCUGAACAGUAACGCCGUGAGCAGGAGGCCACUGAGGACAGCCCUGGAGCCCACCUCCUCCCCUGCGGGGAGCCCAGACCCUGAGCCCCGAGUCACCCUGACCCCAAGACGAGAUCCCCUCACUCCUGCCAGCCCCCCAUUCCACUGCAUGCCCUCCACACCCAUGGACAUCAUCUUCCUGGUUGAUGGGUCCCGGAGUAUCGGCCACAGUCACUUCCAGCAGGUCAAAGACCUCCUGGUCAGCAUCACUGAGCCCUUUGAAAUAGGGCGGGAUUAAGUCCAAGUAGGCCUGACUCAGUGCAGUGGAGAUCCCCAAACUGAGUGGGACCUCAACACCUUUGGCACCAAGGACAAAGUGCCAGCCACAGUCCACAUUCUCCGCUACAGAGGGGGAAACACGUUCACAGGCCUAGCCCUGACCCACGUGCUGGAGCAGAACCUGAAGCCUGCCGCCGGUUCCGGUCCAGAGGCGGCCAAGGUGGUGGUCCUAGUGACAGAUGGCAAGUCCCAGGACAAUGUCCGUGCUGCCGGCUGCAUCCUCAAGGACCUGGGUGUUGACGUCUUUGCUGUGGGUGUGAAGAAUGCAGACGAGGGUGAGCUGCGGCUCCUGGUGUCCCCAGUGGCCCCCAGUGUGCCGGACUUUCCCCAGCUCAACACACUGGCCAGCCUGCUCAGCUGCCUCAUCUGCCAGAAGGUGCAGGGCAGGAGACCUCAGAGGGGCCCAGCUGCCCUGGCGCUGGGCCCCAUCUCUGCUCCUGUCAGCCUGGUCCUGACCCAGGUGACCCCGUCCAGCGUCCAUCUGUCCUGGACUCCAGCCCCGCAGCCCCCCCUCAAGUAUCUGAUCAUGUGGUGGCCUUCAAGGGGUGGCAACCCCAGGGAGAUGGUGGUGGAAGGGCCCCCCUCAUCCGUGCAGCUGAACAACCUGACCUCCAGCACAGAGUACCGGGAGUGGUUCCCGGGGUACCAGGCCGGUGUUGGUGAGGGCCUGCGGGGCCUGGUGACCACAGCUCCUCUGCCUCCACCCCGGGAGCUGACCCUGGCCACGGUGAUGCCCAGAACCAUCCGCCUCGCCUGGCAGCCCUCGGCUGGGGCCACCCAGUACCUGGUGCGGUGCACGGGUGCCACGUCCCCACAGGUGUGGGUAGGGCAGCCAGAGGCACUGCUGGGUGGCCUGGGGCCUGGCAGAGACUAUGACGUCUGGGUGCAGAGCCUGUAAGGGGCACAGGCCAGCAAGGCCCGGGGCGUGCGUGCCAGGACCCCUGCCCUGGCCCCUGCCACGCCCCUGGGCCUUGCGGACGUGAGCCACGAUUCGGCCCGCGUGUUCUGGGAGGGCGCCCUCAGGCCGCACCUGUUCAGAGUCCGCUAUGUCUCCAGUGAGGGAGGCCGCUCGGGGCAGAUGGAGGCUCCUGGGAACGCCACCUCGGCCGCUCUGAGCCCCCACUCUUCUUCCACCACAUACACCGUCCACGUCACUUGCUUCUACCCUGGGGGCAGCUCCUCCACACUGACCGGCCACGUGACCACACGAGAAGUCCCCAGCCCGAGCUGGCUGUUGGUGACAGAGCUCCCAGGGGACAAGGUCUGGCUGGAGUGGACGGCCACAGUGGCUUCUGGUGCUGUCUACCAGAUCACGUGGACGCCCCUGGGAGAUGGGAAGGCCCGUGAGAUCUCCACCCGAAGGAACCUGUGCGUGGCUGUGCUGCCGGGCCUGCGGAGGCACACGGAGUAUGACAUCACCGUCCUGGCUUACUCUAGGGACGGGGCCCACAGUGACCCGGUGUCCCUCCGCUACGCCCCCUGUACGCCCACCCACCCUGUGUUCUCUCCAGUAAGCCGGAGCCCGCCCUCCAACCUGGCGGUGGCCUCCAAGUCAUCCAACAGCCUGCCAGUCAGCUGGACACCACCGAGUGGCCACGUCCUCCACUACCAGCUCACCUGCGCUUCUGCUUCGGGCUCAGGAUCCGAGAAGUCGAUCUCCAUUCCAGGAUCUAGGAGCCAUGUGACACUUCCUGACCUGCCGGCAGCCACCGAGUACAGGGUCCUGGUCUCUGCAGUCUACAGUGCAGGUGAGAGUGUGGCGGUGUCCUCCACAGGCCGGACCGGUGACCCCACUCUGUCACCUCGCAGCAGCCUGCCCGGCUUCGACCUGAUGGUGGCCUUAGGCCUCGUGGAGACGGAAUAUGCCUCCAUCCGCGGUGUGGCCAUGGAGCCCUCAGUGUCCAGUCAGGCCAGGGCCUUCACGCUCCUCAAGCAUGCUCAGCUGACACGCCGGGCCAGUGAUGCCUGCCCGGCCGCCCUCCCGCCAGAACACACAGUGGUCUUCCUCCUGCGCCUGCUCCCCAAGACGCCCCGUGAGGCCUUCACCUUGUGGAAGAUGAUGGCCAAGGACUUCCAGCCCACCCUGGGGGUCCUGCCGGAUGCUGGCAGAAAAUCCCUGACCUGCUUCAACCAUGUCCCCGGGGCCACCUUGCAGGAGGUCACCUUCGACCUGUCCAAAGUGAGGACCAUAUUCUUGGGGAGCUUCCACAAGGUGCACGUGGCUAUGAGCCACUCCACAGGCAGGUUGCACGUGGACUGUUGGAAGGUGGCUGAGAGGCCCAUCGGGGAGGCAGGCAGCCCACCCGCCACUGGUUUCAUCUUACUUGGGAGGCUGGCCAAGGCCCGGGGCCCCCAGGGCAGCUCUUCAGCGUUGCAGCUCCAGACACUGCAGAUCAUGUGCGGUGACCCCUGGGCAGAGGAGGACAGGUGCUGUGAGCUCCCUGCGGCGAAGGAUGGAGAGUCCUGCCCGGCUUUGCCUUCUGACGGCACCUGCUCCUAACAGGUCCCUGGGCCCCAAGGACCUUCGGUGAGCCCAGGUGUCCCCAGGAGGAGCAGAGCCCCAGGAGAGCGGGGCUUCCCAGGGCCCAGGGGUCCACCAGGGGUCGAAGGAGAAGGGGACCAUGGGCUCCCAGGCCUGCAGGGCCACCCUGGCCACCAGGGCUCCCCUGGGAAGGUCAGCCUCCAGGGACCGAAGGGAAUGCGAGGUCUGGUGGGGACUGCUGGCCUGCCCUGACCCCCUGGCCCCAGGGGCUUCCAGGGCAUGGCGGGGGCCAGGGGGACCAGUGGGGAGUGAGGACCCCCAGGGGCCAUGGACCCACAUUUAUUUCUCUCUGCCGGCGAGUUCCCCCCACUUCCUCCUGCCUCAGGGGCUGCUGGGGCCCGGGGGGAGCGAGGAGAGAAGGGCGAGCCCCAGCCGCUGGCCGCCAUCUACCAGCUUGUGCACCAAGCCUAGCACUUGCUGAAGUUCAACCCCUUCCUCCACGAGAGUGCCAGGCCCCCCAUGCCCAUCCUGGAAGCUCCCAGAUGCGCUGGCGGGCACAGCAGGGAAGGGGGACAUGGUGGCCCCCACUCUGAGGAGGGAGGAUCCCAGGAAACCACGUCCUGGUGCCCCCAUGCCCCCCUCUUUCCCGCGUGCUCCAUCUCCCCUUCUUGCCUGGGUGCAGUGAACCCGGGGCUCAGUCAGACGGGCAACCCUGAGCUGCAGGGCAGCAGGCAUCCAGGACCCCCGGGAGGAACGGGUGAGCCCCCACUGGGGAGGAGGAACUCCUGA